AUGUUCGUUCUCUGUAUUGGGCUGGGCUAUAUUACGCUAUCGAUAGAGGAACUUGAUAUGCGAGAUGCGAUGCCACUGGUUGCAAAAGGAAGGGCCAAGCUAGGCAAGAAAAGAAAUUUCGUAUUCGUAUAUAGGUUUUUACUUCUUUCCUUGGAACGGGAAGUCGCAUACUUACUUGAGCAGUGCGGGAGACUAGCUAAAAUGGGACUAGAAAGAAUCAGAGUGAAAGGCAUACUUUCGAAAAUGCCAUCAUCAGAUUUAGUUGAGAAUAGCACUAAGGAAAUGGGCGCUUCAACAUUCCUUGAUCGGAUGCAGUACUUUAAUGCCAAAGAGCAGCUCGGAAUCAUAACUCUUAGAGACAUCCAAGCUUCGGAUCAAGCUAAGGAUAAGGAUCAAAGGAAUAAAUGCGGACACAACGUCCGAAGAUGUGAGACUGAAAGGGUAGGUUCGAGAGGACAAGAGACGAGGAUCGGCCGACUAAAGCGAGAUGGUAUAAAGGCGACUAAGCCGGAUAGGAUUCCUCGCCAAGGUCUGAGGAUGCUAUUCAAUAGGGGCGAAAGCUGCUCGACUUACAAGGAGAGGGGUGAAGGGUUACACGCCUCUAGGGGGAGGAAGGAGGUGGCAUUAGAGUGA